GGUUAAAAAAAAAACUCAGAGACGACCAAAUUCGUGUACUUUCAAAAAUGCCUUACAUCAAAUAUGAUUUGCAUGUGCGUUCUGAUUAUUAAAAGAAAUUUAAUUUAAAGACCAUAAAGAUAUCUUAACUAAAAGACUUUGAUAAGGAAAAUCCAAAUAAGAUGAAUCAAAAUCACCGAUUUUUCUAUCAAAUAAAGCCAGUUAAAUAUAACACAGCGAGAUUAUUUUCGCUGUAUAGACCAAAAAGUUAAAAAAUAGUACGUGUUAAUAGAGAGAAUGUAUCAAGGAUAAUUAAAUGAUGCUUUUUCAACACGUUUCUAUUAUGAUUGCAUGUUACAGAUUUAUAUUGAUUUCUAUUCGUGUAUAUGGUUUUGUCUCUGGUAUACAACACAAUUAUAUAUACUGGUAAUUUGUUUUAUGUUAUAACAUCUUACAAGUUUCAUAAAUAUUUAAAUGUUUUUUAUGUACUAUUAUCCAUAUGUUUGGCCAUAAAGUAUUAUUUCUUUUUUUACAGGUGUUCAUACUUAUCGUAUGCAUGAUAUAUUAUUAUCAUUGCGAAGGUGUUUAUCGAACAAGAUAUUAAGCUAUUUUCUUGUUUUUAUCUGCCGUUGGAUUCUCGAUAUUGAUAAUUAUUCCUCAAGGAAUUGUUACUUGAUUGCACAUUUUGGUUUAUUUUGGUUUCCCAUUGUUUCUUCUAUUUUGAUGCAGCGACGCAGUAUAAUUAUAAGGCUGCGAUUUCAUUACCUAUCUGACGCUAGCGUCUAGUCGAUCACGUGACCUCUUUUUGAACGCUAACGUCAAAAGAAAAAAGCUGGAUUUGUUCAGCUUCAAGCGUCAAGCAGUGCCUCAAAAAUGUCUGUGGAAAACGAAUUUGAAAUGGUUCAAACAUGUGGGCUUUGCGAAAUGAUCAUUCCCAUUGAAAAUAUUAAUACUCAUCCUUGCUUAGAAGGAUAUUCUAAGUAUUAUGUUGAUAAUUCAACAUUAUACUUUUAUCCAAUGACAGAUGACGGACAAAACAUAAUAAGAAAAAGUUUAAUUGAGAAUGAUGAAAUAGUAGUAAUAGAGGCAAAAGAAAAUAAUAAAAAAAAUUUAUAUAAUAAUUCUAAUAAGGAAAAUUUGUCAAAUAAUAUUCAACAUUUAAAAAGGAAGCUCCCAAUGACAACUAAUAUUCCAGAAUCAAAAAGAAAAUUCAAAACAGGUUUGUCAUUCGACGAAGAAGAGCUGUUGAUUCUGGAAGUACAAAAACGAGAAGCGUUAUGGAAUUUUCAAUUAGAUAUUAGACAAAGAAAUCCGAAAGAAAGAAAUAAAUUGUGGCAGGAAGUUUCUGAGGCAUUAAAUGGUGUAAUUAGCCCAGAAACAGCUAAAAAUAAAUUUAAAUCUUUACAUGAUACUUAUCGUAAAAUUAUUCAAUCUGAACAAAAGGCAAGUGGAUCUGCAACACCAAAUACUACUCGCUUGUGGCAACAUUAUAAUAAUAUGGAAUUUUUGCGUGACUCUUGUUUGGUCAAAACCACGGCAUCAAAUAUUUCUAGAACAAGAGCAUCGUUCAAUGAUUCGGAUCAGUCAUCAGAAGAAACUAGGAAUGUUCGGUCAGCUAAAAAAACAGAUAAUCUCAAAGAAAACAGUGCUAUUGAGAGAAUUGCUAAUGCUUUGUGCGAUACUUCCAACGAUGAUAUUAUUUUACCGCCUCCACCUCAGCCUGACGACAUCGACUCUUUUUUAAAUUUGUUGGGGUUUCGAAUUCGUCGUUUAUCCGAAGAGCAAAAACAGGAAGCAUUUCAAAGACACUUACAAUUGUCAUAUGAUAUGCUAAAAGAAAAUAGUAUAUAAAAUCAAAUUUUAACUGUUAUUAUGAAACUAAAUUAUCACAACUAUUGUUUUGUUUGCUACAUUUUAUUGAAUAA